AUGGUCACCCUGACGUGGGUUUGGCUGCUCUUGCUCUCGGUGUUGCAGGUGGCUCGAAGCGACGAAACAGCCAGAAGUAACUGGAUUGUGCCUGACGGAAGCAAUGAGAAAGACUUCCAACAGACCUUCUACAAUGGAGACAAAGUGCAGCUCCAAUGGGCUGGCUGGGACGCUUACUACACAGAUUCAUUGUUGGACGGCAGCCCCCAGGCCAAUUUGUACGUGGUUGCAUGGGAGGAGAAAGAGGCGGACUAUGUCAGACCUCUUUCGUCUUCGGUGGACGUCUCGGGCCAUGGAUCGUACGAGUGGACAAUCAACAUUCCCAACGAUACCCUAGCAAAGACCAACAAGUACUGUGUUGCCUUUGCAGAAAAGGAGUACAGCUAUACCUACGACGGCUAUAACAUCUUCUCAUCAGGCUUCCUCGUCCGGAACAGGCCAACACCGACACCAACCCCGGAAGCUGCAUCAUCCGGUGGGCUCCAGACUGGCGCGAAAGUUGGCAUCGGCGUUGGCGUGGGAGUCGGUGGACUGGCUGUCUUUUCUGCGUUGGGUUUCCUCCUGCUUCGACGUCGACGGCAACACCAGACAUCAUCACAACUGAUGGCUGCGAGUCCGCAGGGCGCUGGUUCAGGCUCAGACCAAGCGCUGGGCAAGGGGUACUACCAGGAACAAGUGCCGGACCAUGGUGACUACCAGGGGCAAAGGUGGAACAAGGGUUACUAUAGCGCUGGACCGGAGCCGCAGGAGCUCUAUGUGGCCUCGACUGACGGUCUGUCUGAGGCACCGUCGACGUCUACGCCACCGGUUGAAUUGCCAUCAGCACCGCGCGAGAAAUGA